UAUGGUUGCUUGCUAUCCUGGAAAUGGAACUGGGUAUGUUCGUCAUGUGGACAAUCCAAAUGGCGAUGGGCGCUGCAUCACCUGUAUUUAUUACCUGAAUAAGAACUGGGACUCCAAGCUACAUGGUGGAAUUCUUCGGAUAUUCCCAGAAGGAAAGUCCUAUGUAGCAGAUGUUGAGCCGAUUUUUGACCGAUUACUUUUUUUUUGGUCAGAUCGAAGGAACCCACAUGAAGUCCAGCCUUCUUAUGCAACCAGAUAUGCCAUGACCGUGUGGUAUUUUGAUGCCGAAGAAAGAGCAGAAGCCAAAAAAAAGUUCAGGAACUUGACUGAUGCAAGGAAGAGAGAAGCACCUCUUAAUGAAGACUAAUUAACUGUUCCUGAACUCUUUUGUGAGGAAAUAAGAUCCCAAAGAUGACUUCCAUUUCCAGCAAACAAGGGCAAAUUCUUGUUAUGCACAAGAACGCACUGGCUGUGUCUAGCAUGCGCAUCUUAUAUUGAUGGUACUUAAGGCAGCCUCCUGUCAUGCCUGCAUCUGGCAGAAGGAACACUUGUUUUCUAUUUGCCUUUUGCUGGAAAAAGUAACCAGGGUUUUAAAAAAAAAAAAAAAAAGAAAAAAAAGAAAAAAAAAGUAUCACUAAGCCUAGUGGUAGUGACUCAGCCGACUGGCUUUUGAUCACUCUUGUAACCAAGAUAAUGAUCAUUGGAACUAGUGGUAAAAACCAGAGUCUUAUUUGCACUUUAUGGGG